CACCAACGUACGGUGAUACUGAAUCAGGGGGCAGCACUGAGGCGCUUGCAAACGGGUUUUGUCGAAAAAGGGUUCGGGAAGUUGAGCAAGAAAAUUAUCCCUUCGGGCUCAAGCAAGGUACGGUACGAGAAAAACAGAAACAGAAACAAAAACAAGUGUGAGGCUCAAAAUUGGAAAAUUGGCAGUGACAAGUUCCAUCGCACCGCAUCAAUGAAUGGCUCCGCACUGACACCAAAGCAGAAUCCAAAACCAGUAUCAACACAAAUAUACAUCGUACAAUCAUGAAUUCUAUCGCAGCAGAUCCACCAAACAUAGGAGUCAUUGGGUGCGGGCCGGCAGGAAUGUUUUUCCUUCGGCAAUUGGAAAAGGAACGGGAGCGAUUGCUGGAUCUCAAAAAGAAGAUUGCCGAAUCAGAGCCAGUGAGGAAAGGCGAGGGAAGCGACAACGGCUACGAGUAUGAUGCUGACACAAUUGAUCAGCGACUUUUUUCGCUGCCGAUCGUCACCGUUUUCGAAAAGGAAGGGCGCUGCGGGGGGUUGUGGCAAUCGAAAUUGUCGUCGCCAGAAACCAAUGGUGAAGAAUCGUCGGGGGUAGCGUGGUCACAAACGAAGGGGGCAUCGAGGAAAAAAACGAAUGCCAAUGGAAUAUACGACGGCAUGUGGAUCAAUGCUCCAAAAGAAAUAUUUGAAUUCGAGGAUUACACCUUUGACGAACACUUUGGAAAGCCGAUGCCGUCCUUUUUGACACGAAGCCAGGUAUUGGGAUACCUGGAAGGGGCCACCGACGAUGUGAUCGAUAUGUACACAAAUAUAAAUUCAACAAUACGAAAAUCAUUGGACGACAACAGCAGCGCGCUCGGAACGAUUCUGUUCAACACGGAGGUUUCGUGGAUCGAGUACAGCAAAACCGACGAAUACUUUUGGGUCGAAACGGUUCCCACCGGAUCGAUUCCGAAUGCUUCUACCCAAGAGUACGACCCCAAAAUCGUGACGGGACACAAAUUCGAUAAGAUCAUAUUCGCCACGGGAACGGAAAACCUUCCCAACAUGCCCCAGCGCGAGGUUCGGUUGCUGACCGGAGCAGACGCCGACAACGGUGCAGCAAUCUUUGACAAACCGAUCCUUCAUUCCUCCGAGGUCAAGAGUCUCGGGGCGGAUAUCACCGGCAAGCGAUUUUUGUUCAUCGGGGCCGCCUACAGCGCCGAAGACCUGGCGCUUUCCUUUCUCAAACGCGGAGCCGACCAUGUGUAUGUCACCGCGCGCAGGGACGACGCCUACCCCGUGACAUACACCCCUCACUGGCCGAUGGACAAGGUGACGGUCCUGAUGCGGAACGAAAUCAAGGAAGUCUUGCCUGGGAACAGGUUGCGAAUGGGACGCAUGGAUCUCCCGUCGCCGGUCAUCGAAGACAUUGCCAAGCGCUUCUACAACGCCUCACAUGACGACUUUGUCCUCGAGGGCAUCGAUGCGGUAAUCUUUUGGUAGGUGUCUCUUUAUUUGGGCAAGGGAAGGAGAAAAGAAAGAUUUCGUUGGAUUCGACGUGUGUGUCUCUGACGCAUGAGUGCAUGCGCUUCCUUCUUCCUCGACAAUCCGUGCCUUCUUAUACAUUUUGUUCGUUUUGUUUUGUUCCGAUCUCUUUCUUUUUCCUUUUGUUUUGAAUGCAAUGGCGUACAUUUCUGGAUUUGAAAGCACGGGAUACACGAUCAACGAGAACAUGUUGCCAAACAACCUGAGAGGCUACAAAACCUAUGGAGGCGUAGAGUACAAUACCGAAUUGGAGACGAAAGUUGACAAAGAUGACUGGCCGAAUAUAUAUGAUACAGAACUCUACGGGUCGGAAAUACCGUCCGAGACGUUCCAGAACUCCUGUGGAACCUCUGUUGACGACCAUUCGACCGUAGUACGGGCUGACCCGACGGGGCACUGUUUGUACCAAAUCGAGGGAGCCCACAACCACCACCUGAUCAACAACCCGGGAUUUUUCUACCACCACGCCGAAUUCGAAACGCCGCUCCUGGAUCUCGACAUACAUUCUGCGUACAUUCUGAAAGUGAUCCUGGGGGACAUCCCCUCGCCGGACACAAUGGAAGAAAUGUUUCGCCAGCGAUCGCUGGAAACCGCCGAGGCCAUYCGCCAUUCCCAGCUGGUUCGCUUUCUCUACGAUCCUGUAUACCAUGAGGCUACCAUAUUGAAGUCCUAUGAAGGCAAGCUGAACGAGCGCUCUUAUCCCAGUGCAUACCAGUUUUUCAAGCUCUUCUCCAAGGCCCGGCGAGCCGGUCAUCCCGCAGGAAACAUGAUCGUCGAGAAGAAUGCAAACGCAACCACCAUGAAAGGUGGCACCACCGAUGCCAUUCCGAGCUGUUAUGAUUUGCGUGCGAUUAAGUUUACCGAAGACGAUUACCAUCAAAACGACGAUAGCAACCAGAGAGCUGCGUCGUCGUCGCCAUCCACUGCUGCAACCACGUGGGUAUUUUCCGAACGGGGUCUCGUGUUUUUGAAACAGUUCCUCGACUCCAUGGAAGCCCACUGGGAGAUGCAGCCAGGCACCAACAUGACCUUUCGGGAUUUUCGGUUCGAUUCCUACCAAUCGGUUUACACCGGCACGAAACCGAGGCGCUUUUCGAAACUGUGGCUGGAGGUGGACGACCUUGUCGGUGACGAAGGUGACUUCCAUGAUCGAACCACUAGCACCGGAAACAACAAGGGUCGCAUACGCAGAAACCACGAUUGUCCAACUUGUGACACCGACGCUCGCUCGGAGCUCUGAAAAGCGAGCAAACGAACGAAACAAGGAGGGAAAACGGACGAGUUUGUAAUGAUGGCGUACAGUGUUCGUGUCCUAUGCAACAGAAAGAGCCGCGGUUUCAAGAUAACAGCUAUAUACGAAUGU